GAGAAAAAUUGAUUUAGAUUUUUCUUGAAAGCGUUUCCAAAUCGUUCAGCAAAAUUCUCGGCAUUAAUUGCAACUCGAUUUACAGCACUUUAAUCAAUACCCAGCACAACUUAAACAAGCUAACGCGUUCAACUUCAACACAAGCAGCAGCCACACACAACCGAAAUCUGCCGAUUAUGUUUGUCAACUCAAUGACGUUCCGUGGUAAUCCGGCUGCGAGCCACCACUAUCACCAACAGCAGUCCGCAUUGAACCAUCAUGCAUCGUUGGCUGCCGCUGCAGGACACCCCUUGGCUGCGGCCCAUCAUGCCAGCCAACAGGCCCAGUUGCACCAUCCAGCAGCCCAUACGCCUGCUGGACCAUUGGGACACCAUUUGGGUGCCCACACGGGUCAUCAUGCGGCUGCCGCCAAUAAUAAUUUAAAUCAUUUGGCUGGAAGUCUUAAUCGUACGCCCCAUGCACCCAUGGGUUUGGGCACCGGAAACAUUACUUCGAUUUCGCCCCAUCUGUCUGCUGGAAGCACUUCAUCGGGCAGUGCUUCCAGUACCAAUUCCCCGGACGGUGGUAAAAUCUACAUUAAGAACUUGGAGCGGUCUAUUGACAACAAGGCAAUGUUCGAUACGUUCUCGGUUUUCGGCAAUAUACUCAAUUGCAAUGUGGCCAAGGAUGAACAUGGCAAUUCGCGUGGCUAUGGAUUUGUCCAUUUCGAUACGGAGGAAUCGGCCCGUGUGGCCAUCGAAAAGGUCAAUGGGAUGUUGUGUAACAACCAGAAGAUUCAUGUUGUCAAGUAUAUACCACGUCGUGACCGAGAACAGGAAAAGGCUACGCAAUUUAGGAACUUGUAUGUGAAGAAUUUCAAUGAGGACUUUUCGGAACAGCAUAUGAGAGAAAUGUUUGAGCCAUUCGGUCGCAUUACCAGUCAUAAGAUUAUGACUGACGAAGAAGGUCGUUCCAAACGUUUCGGUUUUGUGGCUUUUGAAAAUCCCCAAUCAGCUCUGGCAGCUGUUAUUGCCUUGAAUGGCAAACAAUUGGGCGACAAGUACCUUUAUGUGGCUCGAGCUUUAAGCAAAAUCGAGCGCCAACAGGAAAUCAAUCGCAAAUUGGAGGAACGCAAAAGACAGAAACCAGGUCAAGUAUUUUAUUACUAAGAAAAGCUGGCGUGGAU